AUGUCCUACAGAAACCUAUCCAGUCUAGACGUCUCGGAUAGGACAGGUCUCCCCGACUACGAGUUACACAAUGUGCCUGUGGCACCGCCAUAUACAGCCACUGCAUCGGGCCCUGCAGCUGCAGGAGCAGCAGAAACAGCACAGAAAGCAACUGUUGCAAAAGGCGCCGGAGGACCAUGGUAUGACCCGCGCUCAUGGUCAGUGUUGACGAAAUCGCUCGUCGCCGGAGGUGUGGUAGUUAUCAUUGUUGCGCUCGUCGUAGGCAUCUACGAGGGCACGAAAUCAUCCUCAUAUCCCGAUUACUCUGCCCUGAGCUAUAAGCUCGCAGAUACAUACUCGGGCUCUUCAUUCUUCGACGAGUUCGAAUACUACACAGCCACCGACACAACCGACGGAUUCGUAGACUACGUCGACAGCACCACCGCCUCAUCAUUGAACCUAACCUACGCCACCAGCUCGCGCGCCGUCCUGCGCGUCGACACCAGCACCUCCAACCAAACCAGCGGCCGGAAAUCGGUGCGUAUCACCUCCAAGAAAACGUACAACGACGGGCUCUUCAUCUUCGACAUCACCCACACGCCCUACGGAUGCGCCACCUGGCCCGCCCUCUGGCUCACCGACCCAUCCAACUGGCCCGAACACGGCGAAAUCGACGUGCUGGAAUCCAACAACAAAGCCACCCACGGCAACGCCAUGACUCUCCACACCUCAAGCGGAUGCAAAAUGAACGUCAAGCGGAAAGAAACCGGCACAGCCAAAUACACUAACUGCCUCAACACCGCCAACGAUAACGCCGGCUGCAGCGUAACAGGCGCAAAAGCAACCUACGGCGAGAAAUUCAACACUAACGGUGGCGGCAUCUAUGCCAUGGAACUCCGCCCCGCCGGCAUCCGCGUCUGGAUGUUCUCCCGCGACUCCAUCCCCAGCGACAUCUCGAACAGCAGCAACACGCCUGACCCGUCUAGCUGGGGCGAAGCGCUCGCCGACUUCCCCAAUACGAACUGCGACAUCAGCUCGCAUUUCAAGAACCAGAGUAUUAUCGUUAAUAUUGAUAUCUGUGGUGAUCUGGCGGGUGCGAGUACCUACUACACGGAUCUGUAUGAUUGUCCGUCGACGUGCACGAAGUGGGCGGCGGAGAAUGGGGCGAACUUUACCAAUGCGUAUUGGGAGUUUAAGAGCUUUAAAGUUUAUCAGACGAGUUCGAGUGGGAAUAGUUCGAGUAGUAGUAGUAGUACUAGUACGGUGGCGGGGGCGUCGUCGACGACGGCGGGGUGGUAUGGGUUGACUGCGUCUACGACAACGACGACAGCGGCUGGGGCGGGGAUGUCGAUGACAUAA